AUGAACGGCUGCGCAGGAACGGCUGCGCAGGAACGGCUGCGCAGGAACGGCUGCGCAGGAACGGCUGCGCAGAAGCGGCUGCGCAGAAGCGGCUGCGCAGAAGCGGCUGCGCAGAAGCGGGUGCGCAGAAGCGGGUGCGCAGAAGCGGGUGCGCAGAAGCGGGUGCGCGGGAAGCGGGUGCGCGGGAAGCGGGUGCGCGGGAAGCGGGUGCGCGGGAAGCGGGUGCGCGGGAACGGCUGCGCGGGAACGGCUGCGCGGGAAGCGGGUGCGCGGGAACGGCUGCGCGGGAACGGCUGCGCGGGAACGGCUGCGCGGGAACGGCUGCGCGGGAACGGCUGCGCGGGAACGGCUGCGCGGGAACGGCUGCGCGGGAACGGCUGCGCGGGAACGGCUGCGCGGGAACGGCUGCGCGGAAACGGCUGCGCGGAAACGGCUGCGCCGAAACGGCUGCGCCGAAACGGCUGCGCCGAAACGGCUGCGCCGAAACGGCUGCGCCGAAACGGCUGCGCAGAAACGGCUGCGCAGAAACGGCUGCGACGAAACGGCUGCGACGAAACGGCUGCGCCGAAACGGCUGCGCCGAAACGGCUGCGCCGAAACGGCUGCGCCGAAACGGCUGCGCAGGAACGGCUGCGCAGGAACGGCUGCGCAGGAACGGCUGCGCAGGAACGGCUGCGCAGGAACGGCUGCGCAGGAACGGCUGCGCAGAAACGGCUGCGCAGAAACAGCUGCGCAGAAACAGCUGCGCAGAAACAGCUGCGCAGAAGCAGCUGCGCAGAAACAGCUGCGCAGAAGCAGCUGCGCAGAAGCAGCUGCGCAGAAGCAGCUGCGCAGAAGCAGCUGCGCAGAAGCAGCUGCGCAGAAGCAGCUGCGCAGAAGCAGCUGCGCAGAAGCAGCUGCGCAGAAGCAGCUGCGCAGAAGCAGCUGCGCAGAAGCAGCUGCGCAGAAGCAGCUGCGCAGGAACAGCUGCGCAGAAGCGGCUGCGCAGGAACGGCUGCGCAGGAACGGCUGCGAACGGCUGCGCAGAAACGGCUGCGCAGAAACGGCUGCGAAGGAACGGCUGCGCAGAAACGGCUGCGCCGAAACGGCUGCGCCGAAACGGCUGCGCCGAAACGGCUGCGCCGAAACGGCUGCGCCGAAACGGCUGCGCCGAAACGGCUGCGCCGAAACGGCUGCGCAGAAACGGCUGCGCAGAAACGGCUGCGCAGGAACGGCUGCGCCGAAACGGCUGCGCAGAAACAGCUGCGCCGAAACGGCUGCGCAGGGACAGCUGCGCAGGAACAGCUGCGCAGAAACAGCUGCGCAGAAACAGCUAGGCAGGAACAGCUGCGCAGAAACAGCUGCGCAGGAACAGCUGCGCAGAAACAGCUGCGCAGAAGCAGCUGCGCAGAAGCAGCUGCGCAGGAACAGCUGCGCAGAAGCAGCUGCGCAGAAGCAGCUGCGCAGGAACAGCUGCGCAGAAGCAGCUGCGCAGAAGCAGCUGCGCAGAAGCAGCUGCGCAGAAGCAGCUGCGCAGAAGCAGCUGCGCAGAAGCAGCUGCGCAGGAACAGCUGCGCAGAAGCAGCUGCGCAGGAACAGCUGCGCAGGAACAGCUGCGCAGGAACAGCUGCGCAGGAACAGCUGCGCAGAAACAGCUGCGCAGCAACAGCUGCGCAGAAACAGCUGCGCAGAAACAGCUGCGCAGAAACAGCUGCGCCGAAACAGCUGCGCAGGAACAGCUGCGCAGGAACAGCUGCGCAGGAACAGCUGCGCAGGAACAGCUGCGCAGGAACAGCUGCGCAGGAACAGCUGCGCAGGAACAGCUGCGCAGGAACAGCUGCGCAGAAACGGCUGCGCAGGAACGGCUGCGCAGGAACGGCUGCGCAGAAACGGCUGCGCAGAAACGGCUGCGCAGAAACGGCUGCGCAGAAACGGCUGCGCAGAAACGGCUGCGCAGGAACGGCAGCGCAGAAACGGCUGCGCAGGAACGGCUACGCAGAAACGGCAGCGCAGAAACGGCUGCGCAGGAACGGCUGCGCAGAAACGGCUGCGCAGAAACGGCUGCGCAGAAACGGCUGCGCAGAAACGGCUGCGCCGAAACGGCUGCGCCGAAACGGCUGCGCCGAAACGGCUGCGCCGAAACGGCUGCGCAGGGACAGCUGCGCAGGGACAGCUGCGCAGAAACAGCUGCGCAGAGACAGCUAGGCAGAAACAGCUGCGCAGGAACGGCUGCGCAGGAGCGGCUGCGCAGGAACGGCUGCGCAGGAACGGCUGCGCAGAAACGGCUGCGCAGAAACGGCUGCGCCGAAACGGCUGCGCCGAAACGGCUGCGCCGAAACGGCUGCGCCGAAACGGCUGCGCCGAAACGGCUGCGCAGAAACGGCUGCGCAGAAACGGCUGCGCCGAAACGACUGCGCAGAAACGGCUGCGCCGAAACGGCUGCGCAGGGACAACUGAGCAGGGACAGCUGCGCAGAAACAGCUUCGCAGAAACAGCUAGGCAGAAACAGCUGCGCAGAAACAGCUGCGCAGGAACAGCUGCGCAGAAACAGCUGCGCAGAAACAGCUGCGCAGAAGCAGCUGCGCAGAAGCAGCUGCGCAAGAACAGCUGCGCAGAAACAGCUGCGCAGAAACAGCUGCGCAGAAACAGCUGCGCAGAAGCAGCUGCGCAGAAGCAGCUGCGCAGAAGCAGCUGCGCAGAAGCAGCUGCGCAGAAGCAGCUGCGCAGAAGCAGCUGCGCAGAAGCAGCUGCGCAGAAGCAGCUGCGCAGGAACAGCUGCGCAGCAGCAGCUGCGCAGGAACAGCUGCGCAGGAACAGCUGCGCAGGAACAGCUGCGCAGGAACAGCUGCGCAGGAACAGCUGCGCAGGAACAGCUGCGCCGAAACAGCUGCGCCGAAACAGCUGCGCCGAAACAGCUGCGCCGAAACAGCUGCGCAGGAACGGCUGCGCAGGAACGGCUGCGCAGGAACGGCUGCGCAGGAACGGCUGCGCAGGAACGGCUGCGCAGAAACGGCUGCGCAGAAACGGCUGCGCAGAAACGGCUGCUCAGGAACGGCUGCGCAGGAACGGCAGCGCAGAAACGGCUGCGCAGGAACGGCUGCGCAGGAACGGCUGCGCAGGAACGGCUGCGCAGAAACGGCUGCGCAGAAACGGCUGCGCAGAAACGGCUGCGCCGAAACGGCUGCGCCGAAACGGCUGCGCCGAAACGGCUGCGCCGAAACGGCUGCGCCGAAACGGCUGCGCCGAAACGGCUGCGCCGAAACGGCUGCGCCGAAACGGCUGCGCCGAAACGGCUGCGCCGAAACGGCUGCGCCGAAACGGCUGCGCAGAAACGGCUGCGCCGAAACGGCUGCGCAGAAACGGCUGCGCCGAAACGGCUGCGCAGGAACGGCUGCGCAGGAACGGCUGCGAACAGCUGCGCAGGAACAGCUGCGCAGGAGCAGCUGCGCAGGAGCAGCUGCGCAGGAGCAGCUGCGCAGGAGCAGCUGCGCAGGAGCAGCUGCGCAGAAGCAGCUGCGCAGAAGCAGCUGCGCAGAAGCAGCUGCGCAGAAGCAGCUGCGCAGGAACAGCUGCGCAGGAACAGCUGCGCAGGAACAGCUGCGCAGGAACAGCUGCGCAUGAACAGCUGCGCAACAGCGGCUGCGCAGGAACGGCUGCGCAGGAACGGCUGCGCAGGAACGGCUGCGCAGGAACGGCUGCGCAGGAACGGCUGCGCAGAAACUGCUGCGCCGAAACGGCUGCGCCGAAACGGCUGCGCCGAAACGGCUGCGCCGAAACGGCUGCGCAGAAACGGCUGCGCAGAAACGGCUGCGCCGAAACGGCUGCGCAGAAACGGCUGCGCCGAAACGGCUGCGCAGAAACGGCUGCGCAGAAACGGCUGCGCAGAAACGGCUGCGCAGAAACGGCUGCGCAGAAACGGCUGCGCAGGAACGGCUGCGCAGGAACGGCUGCGCAGGAACGGCUGCGCAGGAACGGCUGCGCAGGAACGGCUGCGCAGGAACGGCUGCGCGGAAGCGGCUGCGCGGAAGCGGCUGCGCGGAAGCGGCUGCGCGGAAGCGGCUGCGCGGAAGCGGGUGCGCGGAAGCGGGUGCGCGGGAGCGGGUGCGCGGGAGCGGGUGCGCGGGAGCGGGUGCGCGGGAGCGGGUGCGCGGGAGCGGGUGCGCGGGAGCGGGUGCGCGGGAGCGGCUGCGCGGGAGCGGCUGCGCGGGAGCGGCUGCGCGGGAACGGCUGCGCGGGAACGGCUGCGCGGGAACGGCUGCGCGGGACGGCUGCGCGGGAACGGCUGCGCGGGAACGGCUGCGCGGGAACGGCUGCGCGGGAACGGCUGCGCGGGAACGGCUGCGCGGGAACGGCUGCGCGGGAACGGCUGCGCGGGAACGGCUGCGCGGGAACGGCUGCGCGGGAACGGCUGCGCGGGAACGGCUGCGCGGGAACGGCUGCGCGGAAACGGCUGCGCGGAAACGGCUGCGCGGAAACGGCUGCGCGGAAACGGCUGCGCGGAAACGGCUGCGCGGAAACGGCUGCGCCGAAACGGCUGCGCCGAAACGGCUGCGCCGAAACGGCUGCGCAGAAACGGCUGCGCAGAAACGGCUGCGACGAAACGGCUGCGCCGAAACGGCUGCGCCGAAACGGCUGCGCCGAAACGGCUGCGCCGAAACGGCUGCGCAGAAACGGCUGCGCAGAAACGGCUGCGCAGGAACGGCUGCGCAGGAACGGCUGCGCAGAAACGGCUGCGCAGAAACGGCUGCGCAGAAACGGCUGCGCAGAAACAGCUGCGCAGAAGCAGCUGCGCAGAAGCAGCUGCGCAGAAGCAGCUGCGCAGAAGCAGCUGCGCAGAAGCGGCUGCGCAGAAGCGGCUGCGCAGAAGCGGCUGCGCAGAAGCGGCUGCGCAGAAGCGGCUGCGCAGGAACGGCUGCGCAGAAGCGGCUGCGCAGGAACGGCUGCGCAGGAACGGCUGCGCAGGAACGGCUGCGCAGGAACGGCUGCGCAGGAACGGCUGCGCAGGAACGGCUGCGCAGGAACGGCUGCGCAGAAACGGCUGCGCAGAAACGGCUGCGCCGAAACGGCUGCGCCGAAACGGCUGCGCCGAAACGGCUGCGCCGAAACGGCUGCGCCGAAACGGCUGCGCCGAAACGGCUGCGCCGAAACGGCUGCGCAGAAACGGCUGCGCAGAAACGGCUGCGCCGAAACGGCUGCGCCGAAACGGCUGCGCAGGGACAGCUGCGCAGGAACAGCUGCGCAGGAACAGCUGCGCAGAAACAGCUGCGCAGAAACAGCUGCGCAGGAACAGCUGCGCAGAAACAGCUGCGCAGAAACAGCUGCGCAGAAACAGCUGCGCAGGAACAGCUGCGCAGAAACAGCUGCGCAGAAACAGCUGCGCAGAAACAGCUGCGCAGAAGCAGCUGCGCAGAAGCAGCUGCGCAGAAGCAGCUGCGCAGAAGCAGCUGCGCAGGAACAGCUGCGCAGAAGCGGCUGCGCAGGAACGGCUGCGCAGGAACGGCUGCGCAGGAACGGCUGCGCAGGAACGGCUGCGCAGGAACGGCUGAGCAGGAACGGCUGCGCAGGAACGGCUGCGCAGGAACGGCUGCGCAGGAACGGCUGCGCAGGAACGGCUGCGCAGGAACGGCUGCGCAGAAACGGCUGCGCAGGAACGGCUGCGCAGGAACGGCUGCGCAGAAACGGCUGCGCCGAAACGGCUGCGCCGAAACGGCUGCGCCGAAACGGCUGCGCCGAAACGGCUGCGCCGAAACGGCUGCGCAGAAACGGCUGCGCAGAAACGGCUGCGCCGAAACGGCUGCACAGAAACAGCUGCGCCGAAACAGCUGCGCAGGGACAGCUGCGCAGGAACAGCUGCGCAGAAACAGCUGCGCAGGAACAGCUAGGCAGGAACAGCUGCGCAGAAACAGCUGCGCAGAAGCAUUGCGCAGAAGCAGCUGCGCAGGAACAGCUGCGCAGAAACAGCUGCGCAGAAACAGCUGCGCAGAAGCAGCUGCGCAGAAGCAGCUGCGCAGAAGCAGCUGCGCAGAAGCAGCUGCGCAGAAGCAGCUGCGCAGAAGCAGCUGCGCAGAAGCAGCUGCGCAGAAGCAGCUGCGCAGGAACAGCUGCGCAGAAGCAGCUGCGCAGGAACAGCUGCGCAGGAACAGCUGCGCAGGAACAGCUGCGCAGGAACAGCUGCGCAGGAACAGCUGCGCAGGAACAGCUGCGCAGGAACAGCUGCGCAGGAACAGCUGCGCAGGAACAGCUGCGCAGGAACAGCUGCGAACGGCUGCGCAGGAACGGCUGCGCAGGAACGGCUGCGCAGGAACGGCUGCGCAGGAACGGCUGCGCAGGAACGGCUGCGCAGGAACGGCUGCGCAGGAACGGCUGCGCAGAAACGGCUGCGCAGGAACGGCUGCGCAGGAACGGCUGCGCAGAAACGGCUGCGCAGAAACGGCUGCGCAGAAACGGCUGCGCAGAAACGGCUGCGCAGAAACGGCUGCGCAGAAACGGCUGCGCAGAAACGGCUGCGCACGAACGGCAGCGCAGAAACGGCUGCGCAGGAACGGCUGCGCAGAAACGGCUGCGCAGAAACGGCUGCGCAGAAACGGCUGCGCAGAAACGGCUGCGCCGAAACGGCUGCGCCGAAACGGCUGCGCCGAAACGGCUGCGCCGAAACGGCUGCGCAGGGACAGCUGCGCAGGGACAGCUGCGCAGAAACAGCUGCGCAGAAACAGCUAGGCAGAAACGGCUGCUCAGGAACGGCUGCGCAGGAACGGCUGCGCAGGAACGGCUGCGCAGAAACGGCUGCGCAGAAACGGCUGCGCCGAAACGGCUGCGCCGAAACGGCUGCGCCGAAACGGCUGCGCCGAAACGGCUGCGCCGAAACGGCUGCGCCGAAACGGCUGCGCCGAAACGGCUGCGCCGAAACGGCUGCGCCGAAACGGCUGCGCCGAAACGGCUGCGCCGAAACGGCUGCGCCGAAACGGCUGCGCCGAAACGGCUGCGCCGAAACGGCUGCGCCGAAACGGCUGCGCCGAAACGGCUGCGCAGGGACAACUGCGCAGGGACAGCUGCGCAGAAACAGCUAGGCAGAAACAGCUGCGCAGAAACAGCUGCGCAGAAACAGCUGCGCAGAAGCAGCUGCGCAGGAACAGCUGCGCAGAAACAGCUGCGCAGAAGCAGCUGCGCAGAAGCAGCUGGCAAGAAGCAGCUGCGCAGAAGCAGCUGCGCAGAAGCAGCUGCGCAGAAGCAGCUGCGCAGGAACAGCUGCGCAGGAACAGCUGCGCAGGAACGGCUGCGCAGGAACGGCUGCGCCGGAACGGCUGCGCCGAAACGGCUGCGCCGGAACGGCUGCGCCGAAACGGCUGCGCAGGAACGGCUGCGCAGGAACGGCUGCGCAGGAACGGCUGCGCAGAAACGGCUGCGCAGAAACGGCUGCGCAGAAACGGCUGCUCAGGAACGGCUGCGCAGGAACGGCUGCGCAGGAACGGCUGCGCAGGAACGGCUGCGCAGGAACGGCUGCGCAGGAACGGCUGCGCAGGAACGGCUGCGCAGGAACGGCUGCGCAGGAACGGCUGCGCAGAAACGGCUGCGCAGGAACGGCUGCGCAGAAACGGCUGCGCCGAAACGGCUGCGCCGAAACGGCUGCGCCGAAACGGCUGCGCCGAAACGGCUGCGCCGAAACGGCUGCGCCGAAACGGCUGCGCCGAAACGGCUGCGCCGAAACGGCUGCGCCGAAACGGCUGCGCCGAAACGGCUGCGCCGAAACGGCUGCGCCGAAACGGCUGCGCCGAAACGGCUGCGCCGAAACGGCUGCGCAGAAACGGCUGCGCCGAAACGGCUGCGCAGAAACGGCUGCGCCGAAACGGCUGCGCAGAAACGGCUGCGCCGAAACGGCUGCGCAGGAACGGCUGCGCAGAAACGGCUGCGCAGAAACGGCUGCGCAGAAACAGCUAGGCAGAAACAGCUGCGCAGAAACAGCUGCGCAGGAACAGCUGCGCAGGAACAGCUGCGCAGGAACAGCUGCGCAGGAGCAGCUGCGCAGGAGCAGCUGCGCAGGAGCAGCUGCGCAGGAGCAGCUGCGCAGGAGCAGCUGCGCAGAAGCAGCUGCGCAGAAGCGGCUGCGCAGAAACGGCUGCGCAGAAACGGCUGCGCAGAAGCGGCUGCGCAGAAGCGGCUGCGCAGAAGCGGCUGCGCAGAAACGGCUGCGCAGAAGCGGCUGCGCAGAAGCGGCUGCGCAGAAGCGGCUGCGCAGAAACGGCUGCGCAGAAGCGGCUGCGCAGAAGCGGCUGCUCAGAAGCGGCUGCGCAGGAACGGCUGCGCAGGAACGGCUGCGCAGGAACGGCUGCGCAGGAACGGCUGCGCAGGAACGGCUGCGCAGGAACGGCUGCGCAGGAACGGCUGCGCAGGAACGGCUGCGCAGGAACGGCUGCGCAGGAACGGCUGCGCAGGAACGGCUGCGCAGGAGCGGCUGCGCAGAAGCGGCUGCGCAGAAGCGGCUGCGCAGAAACGGCUGCGCAGAAGCGGCUGCGCAGAAGCGGCUGCGCAGAAGCGGCUGCGCAGAAGCGGCUGCGCAGAAGCGGCUGCGCAGAAGCGGCUGCGCAGAAGCGGCUGCGCAGAAGCGGCUGCGCAGAAGCGGCUGCGCAGAAGCGGCUGCGCAGAAGCGGCUGCGCAGAAGCGGCUGCGCAGAAGCGGCUGCGCAGAAGCGGCUGCGCAGAAGCGGCUGCGCGGAAGCGGCUGCGCGGAAACGGCUGCGCAGAAGCGGCUGCGCGGAAACGGCUGCGCCGAAACGGCUGCGACGAAACGGCUGCGCCGAAACGGCUGCGCCGAAACGGCUGCGCAGGAACGGCUGCGCAGGAACGGCUGCGCAGAAACGGCUGCGCAGAAACAGCUAGGCAGAAACAGCUGCGCAGAAACAGCUGCGCAGAAACAGCUGCGCAGAAACAGCUGCGCAGAAACAGCUGCGCAGAAACAGCUGCGCAUAAACAGCUGCAAACGGCUGCGCAGAAGCGGCUGCGCAGAAGCGGCUGCGCAGAAGCGGCUGCGCAGAAACGGCUGCGCAGAAGCGGCUGCGCAGAAGCGGCUGCGCAGAAGCGGCUGCGCAGAAACGGCUGCGCAGAAGCGGCUGCGCAGAAGCGGCUGCUCAGAAGCGGCUGCGCAGGAACGGCUGCGCAGGAACGGCUGCGCAGGAACGGCUGCGCAGGAACGGCUGCGCAGGAACGGCUGCGCAGGAACGGCUGCGCAGGAACGGCUGCGCAGGAACGGCUGCGCAGGAACGGCUGCGCAGGAACGGCUGCGCAGGAACGGCUGCGCAGGAGCGGCUGCGCAGAAGCGGCUGCGCAGAAGCGGCUGCGCAGAAACGGCUGCGCAGAAACGGCUGCGCAGAAGCGGCUGCGCAGAAGCGGCUGCGCAGAAGCGGCUGCGCAGAAGCGGCUGCGCAGAAGCGGCUGCGCAGAAGCGGCUGCGCAGAAGCGGCUGCGCAGAAGCGGCUGCGCAGAAGCGGCUGCGCAGAAGCGGCUGCGCAGAAGCGGCUGCGCAGAAGCGGCUGCGCAGAAGCGGCUGCGCAGAAGCGGCUGCGCGGAAGCGGCUGCGCGGAAGCGGCUGCGCGGAAACGGCUGCGCAGAAGCGGCUGCGCGGAAACGGCUGCGCCGAAACGGCUGCGACGAAACGGCUGCGCCGAAACGGCUGCGCCGAAACGGCUGCGCAGGAACGGCUGCGCAGGAACGGCUGCGCAGAAACGGCUGCGCAGAAACAGCUAGGCAGAAACAGCUGCGCAGAAACAGCUGCGCAGAAACAGCUGCGCAGAAACAGCUGCGCAGAAACAGCUGCGCAGAAACAGCUGCGCAUAAACAGCUGCGCAUAA